AUGGAAUCAGGGCGUCAUCCAUCUUCGUCGUCGCGUCGCGAGUCCAGCUCACGACACACUAGCAGACACGGUUCUGAACGUCGAGAUGACGAGCGUCGAGAGAAGAGAUUGCACUCGCACAGAGAUGAUCGUUACAGAGACAGAGAUGGGCAUAGGCAUAGAUCGCAUCGGGACGAGGAGAAGAGGUCAAGGCGCAGCGAGGAAACAGAGGACCGACAUCGCUCGGGCUCCAGCUCCAAAAGACACCGGCACGACGAGGACAACGACAAGGACGGUAAGAAGCAUCGACGCCAACGAGAUGACGAAGAUCGCGAACGCUAUCGUUCCUCAAGGGAGAGCUCUCGACGGACCGAGGAGAGGGCGAGCACCCAAAAGUAUGCCUCGUCCUCAAGUCACAGGCAUCGAGACUCACGAGACGCUCCUGCACGCGACCGCAAUGAUGGUCAUGUCCGCCGGUCCCGGUCCAGAUCCCCGUUGCCACCUGCCCGUACCUCCCGCAGCCGCGGUUCUCCAUCUCCACCGCACCGGUCUCCACCACCGCCUUUAGCGGAUGGUCCAGAUCCAGCAGAAGGAGGUGCAGACGAAGAUGCACCCAACUUUGCCCCCUCCGGUCUGCUCGCUGCCGAAUCCAACACGGUCAACGGCGUCGCGCUCAAGUACCACGAGCCGCCAGAAGCCCGCAAGCCCAAACACCCCUGGCGAAUGUACUGCUUCAAGGACGCAAAGACGAGCGAGGUGCUCCAUCUCGCCGCGCAAUCCGCCUACCUGCUCGGGCGCGAUCGAACCGUCGUCGACAUCCCGCUCGACCACGAGUCGUGCUCCAAGCAACACGCCGUUUUGCAGUUCCGCCAGACCAUCUCAACAAACGAGUUUGGCGACAAGACAAAGCGCAUCCAGCCAUUCUUGAUCGACCUCGAGUCGAGUAACGGCUCGUACGUCAAUGAUAAAGAGAUUCCGACCUCGAGGUACUACCAGCUAAGGUCGGGCGAUACGCUCACGUUUGGGGCAAGUACGAGGGAGUAUGUCUUGCUCGACGAAUCUGCCGCCUAG